AUGCUUGAAGAGGCCUCUCCACUACUUGGUGGACAGCAGAAAGCCGCGUCGAGGUGGUCAUCAAUCUACUGGCUGUCCACCGUCGUCUUCUGCCUGUCCGCUGCGGGGUCCAUUCUCAAUGUACCUCUAACGCAACUCAUCGAGGAAAACAUCUGCAGUCGAUAUGCUCAGCAAGGUGCUCCGACUGAAAGGCACUGCAAGACUGACGAGAUUCAGUCAAAGUUGGCUUAUCUCAAUGGCAACCUCUCCCUCGUGGAGGCCGUAGUCGGUCUUUUUGUUGCAUUUCCAUUUGGUGUCCUGGCCGACAAAGUCGGUCGAAAACCCGUCAUUUUUCUAUCGGUGAUUGGAGCCUCACUUGCCUUGGCCUGGGAAUUAGCUGUCAUUGCGUUUCCAAAGGUAGUUCAAGUCCAGGCAAUCCUGGCUGGUCCGUUGUUUACGGUAGUCGGGGGUGGAAACACAGUGCUCCUCGCUAAUCUGUACUCGAUCGCGUCGGAUCUGGUGGCUCAAUCAGACAGAGCAUCCGCCUUCUUCCUGAUGGCAUUUUCCAGCCUAGUGGGUGCCUCUCUUGGCCCAGCGCUUUCCUCCAAGCUCAUGGAAACCAUCUCUCCUUGGAUUGCGGCCUUCGCCAGUUUCUUUGCCAACUUGAUCGCUUUGAUUCCGCUGUUCUUCGUACCCGAAACACUGUCUAUAUCAAAACCGGAUUCUAACCCCCCCGAUGAUAAUUUCGAUUCGGAAGAAUCACAGCCCGACACUUUCAAGUUCCACUUAUCUCAGUCCCUUCAACUCCUCAUCGCUUCCCUCGAAUCGCUCAAGUCUUAUUCUAUGGUUCUCGUCUUGGCCACAUUUCUCACGGUCGUACCCGAGAUCCUGGGCACUUCUCAGUUCAUGGCCCAGUACAUAAGCAAGCGCUUUGACUGGCCACUCGCCGAAACGGGCUAUCUACUGACUCUCCGUGGGGUCAUUCACAUGGCCGUCCUGCUCUUUAUACUUCCUCUGCUCUCCAAGCUGCUUUUGCGAUAUCGCAAUCCAGCCGUCAAGGAUUUAGUACUCGCACGUGCAUCGGUUGUGUUCGCCGCUGUCGGGGCACUUUGCAUGGCGGCGCCGCAGAUAGGGGUGGUAAUGGCUGGGCUGGCAGUGCAUAGUUUAGGGUCGGGACUGGCCCCGCUGUGUCGCUCACUUGCAGCAAGCUAUGUGGCACCACAGGACACGUCUAAGCUGAACACGGUAAUUGGCAUAGUUGAAACAACAGGAUCGCUAUUCGCGGGGCCUGCCCUUGCCUGGUUGUUUGAGACCGGGAUGAGGCUCGGAGACUUCCCGGCAUCUUCAGUCAAGCCACCCCAGUACCUUUCCCCUUCAAUGCUUUUGAAGUCCUCUUCAAAGACCAUUGUAGCAAUGCCUCACAGUCACGGCACGUAUGCGUCGUGCGAAAAUCAGGACCGAAUGUUCGAGCGCUUUGGUACCAGGUGCGGGAUCAUCCGCAAUUGGUUUAUUGGCGGGGUUCGUCAAGGUUUCAUUGGCCAGGUUUUGGGGCGCUAUCGGACCUCCGGCGGCGAAGCUCAGGUCGCAGCCUUGGCACAUUUAGAUACGCGUUAUGCAGCCUUCUUCGUAGAUGAGAGCAUCUUCCUUGCUAAUUCUCACCGGAAUCUCAUCGGCCCUCUCACUUCAACUUUCUAUUCUUCGUUUUCCUGGCCUUGCGCCGGUCCCGCCAUGGUGUUGACGUGGGCCACGGACGCAUGUGACAAUGGCCACUUUGGGCCUAUCGUCGCUACAGCGGACUGUCGUGGGGGAUUCGACUUCACUGUAAUUUUCGAGUCCGAUAUCCUGAGCAUCGUUCCGGCCGCUUGCUUCCUCCUUCUGGCAUCUUUUCGUCUGCUCUACUUGUUCAGACAGUCACGGAAGGUCCUCUCUUCCACACUUCGAGUGGUGACACUGAGUGUCUCUGUGACUUUUGCAGCUAUUCAGGUUGCAUUACUUGUGCUUGUUGCGACACAGCACUCCGUUGGAGGGCGCACACUGCUUGCAAGUGCCGUUCUCGACCUAUUAUCGGCGCUAGGCGUUAUACUACUUCUUGACCUAGAGCACGUCCGCUCAAUUCGGCCAUCUUUUCUUGUCUCUGUGUAUUUGUUAAUCACGCUGCUCCUUGAUCUUGCGCGUGUGCGCACCGCCUGGCUGCUACCGGAGAAUCAGGCCUACUCCGCUUUUCUUUCUACAUCCUUGGCCGUCAAGCUAGUUCUCUUGGUGCUAGCCAGUGUUGAAAAGCAGAAAUGGCUUCUAUCAGCCGAGAAAUUUUACUCCACUGAAAGUGUGAGCGGGCCUUUCACCCGAGGCUUAUUUACCUGGCUGAAUGGGCUGCUGUGGAGAGGGCACUCCGCGUCACUGGCCGGGGAUGAUCUCCCCGCCGUUCACGAGAAGCUUUUGUCUUCGGAGUUGUCUGUCCGAUUCGCAGAUACAUGGUCCCACUGCAAUCAGACUGGACAAAAUGCGUUACUUUGGGCGGUGAUCAAGUGUCUGCGCUGGGAAAUGGUGGCGAUCGCCUUCCCGCGGCUUUGUGUUGUGGGAUUCAGUAUUGCGCAGCCAUUUCUCAUUGGAAAAGUGGUCAGUGUAUUACAGCGCACUGACUCUUUCUCACUAGACAGUAGCUAUGGCUUAAUUGGAGCCACUGCAUUUGUCUUUACUGGGAUUGCUGUUUCUAGAGCUUCUUAUGAGCACCUGGGAUAUCGUGCUACGGCAAUGAUCCGAGGCGGUCUGAUGAGUCUCGUCUUCCAGCAUAUGAUGGAUCUACCACUGGGGAGCACAGAUGAAUCCAGUGCCAUGUCGCUUAUGGGCUCUGACAUAGAGAUGCUGGCCGAAUAUUUUUAUUCGGUCGUCUGUGAAACUUGGGCAAAUAUCCUUCAGUUAGCACUGGCUACAUGGUUGCUAGAAACCAAGGUCGGUGCGGUCUGCAUCGCUCCAAUUUUGGUAGUGAUAGUAUUCACGGCUUCCUCCUUUGCUAUGGGUAAUGCUGUUUCCACUCGGCAAAAAGAAUGGCUUCGGGCCACCGAGAAGCGGAUCAACUUCACAACUUCCAUCCUGGGUUCUAUUCGCAACGUCAAGUUUCUCGGCUUAGCCGAGAUAAUGAGUUCCAAGGUCGAAGCAUUGCGCAUGGAGGAGCUUGAAGUCUCCAAGAAGUUCCGCCGGAUCCAGUCACUUCGUGUCUGCAUGAUCAACUCCCCUAUAAUCAUCGGUCAGCUUGCGGCACUGGCUGCCUAUGCGAUAGUAGCAUUGCUGCAGGACUCUGGGGGCCUUGCCGUCAACCAAGCCAUCACCUCGUUGUCGCUUAUUAGCUUGAUGAUCACACCACUGAGCUACCUCCUGUUGGCGAUUCCAGACACAUUUGCUUCAAUAGGUUGCCUGCAUAGAAUCCAGGACUUUCUUAAGAACCAGAAUCGCCUUGAGAAGAGACAGCUUCCCGAGUCCUUGCCAACUCAAUCCACAUCAUUCAGCAACCUCUCUGGUAUUGAAAUGUCCCCGCUCUCACAGCUUCCACACAGCGAGAAAGAUGUGGUCCUAUCUCUACAAAAUGUCAGAUUCGGCUGGAAAUCCCCCUCUGUACCAGAGACAAAUGGUAUCACACUUACACUGAAGAAUGCCCCUUCUGGUAAUCUUGUCAUCCUUGUCGGUCCAGUCGGCUGCGGUAAGUCUACCUUCCUUAAGGGUCUGGCAGGUGAGACGCCCGUGUUGGAAGGGGAGCUCUUCGUGAGGUACCCAGACUUGGCCUUCUGUGAGGAGACACCAUGGCUAUCCAAUUCUUCAAUACGGAGUAAUAUAGUUGGUGAAGAUUCAUCGCCUACUUUUGAUCCUGACUGGUAUCGCACUGUUCUAAGCGCAUGUGCACUGGAUUUGGAUCUUAAGAAGAUGCCGGCGAGCGACGAAACACUCGUCGGCAGUAAAGGCUCUAAGCUGAGUGGAGGACAGAGACAAAGAAUCGCUAUCGCACGAGCGGUCUAUGCUCGCAGACGUAUUGCUUGCUUUGACGACGUUCUAAGUGGCCUGGACAAUUCCACAGCCCGAACUGUAUUUAACAAUGUCUUUGGCUCGGCUGGGCUCCUGCGUCAGUUAGGGUGUACUGUAUUCUUGGCUACUCACAGCACCUAUUGUUUACCCCAGGCUGACUUGAUCAUGGUCCUCGGGGACAAUGGCCAAGUGACCAAGCGAGGCAGCUAUGCCCAACUUCGAGACGACAUUGAUGGCUUCAUUUAUGUGAAUGAUACUCAACCCACACAAGCAGAUGAGCCGGAAGAAGGCGACAAGCCAACAGACGUGCCUCCGACUACCUCAGACACUUCUAAUGCUUGUCCUUCCACAGAUGGCAGUCGACAGACAACCGAGCUUGCUGUAUACAAGUAUUAUUUUUCUGCGCUGGGUUGGUCACGAAUCGCUGCGUUGCUUCUCUUCCUCAUCACAGAAGCAGGUAUGAGCGGGUUCCGCUAUGUAUGGGUCAGCCUUUGGUCCUCCAGCAGUGACAAUACUUCGCGCCUAGGCUACUGGCUUGGACUGUAUGGAGCAUUCUCUGUUGUCCAAGCCCUUGCGCUUGUACUUGCCGUAUUCUGGACAUGGGUCAUUAUUGUCCCAUUUGCCUCCAGGAACCUUCACACAACCGUGCUACGCACUUGCAUGGGUGCCCCCUUGUCCUUUUUGUCAAGCCUCGAGACCGGAGUUCUAGUGACCCGUUUCAGUCAGGACAUGAGGCUAGUUGACAUGAUCCUGCCUCGAGGUUUCAUAUCUACAGGGUUCCAGUUUUUCGGAGCUAUUGCCCAAGGCGCCACUGCCAUAGCCUCAUUGCCCUACUUGGCAGCGGCUUUGCCCCUUCUCUUUGGAGUCUUGUAUCUGAUCCAGAGGUUUUAUCUUCAGACGUCCAGGCAGCUGCGGCUACUAGAGAUUGAGCUCAAGAGCCCUCUUUACACCCAUUUUAUCGAGUCGCUGGCGGGAGUCACCACUAUUCGCGCCUUUGCCUGGACUCAUGCUACGACGAACCGAAUGCUUUCUUUGCUAGACACCGCCCAAAGACCCUACUACCUUCUCCUGUGUAUCCAGCGCUGGCUGAGUCUUGUGCUCAAUCUGAUUGUGGCCGGCAUAGCAGUCCUUCUUGUCGGAGCGUCUGUCGCUCUUCGCUCUCAUCUGGACCCAGGACUUCUGGGAAUUGCCCUUGUCAUGAUGAUGGAUCUGGGACUCAUUCUAUCAGAGCUUAUUCAAAACUGGACGUUGCUUGAAACAUCACUGGGGGCCAUUUCACGCAUCAAAGAUUUUGCCGAGGAAACUCCUCAUGAAGAGAGUAACAUGGCCAUUCAGACUCAUGAUGACCUCUCUGAAUGGCCGAUGAGCGGUGUGUUCGAAUUCGUAGACGCAGGAAUUGCUUGGGACCUUGGUGAGAAGAAGCCUUUACUCAACGGCAUUAACCUUCGAAUUGGAGCCGGACAGAAGUUUGGUCUGUGUGGCAGAACCGGAAGUGGCAAGAGUACAUUGGCACUAUCCCUCCUCCGUCUCAAUGAGCUUGUAUCCGGCCAAAUUCUCAUCGAUGGACAAGAUAUCUCCUUGAUGACCCGAUCAUCAAUCCGACAGCGCAUUAGCUGUCUCAGCCAAGAACCUUUCAUUUUCCCCGGUACCGUCAGGGAAAAUGCCGAUCCACUGGGCAAAGUUUCGAACACGCAGAUUGUUGAUGCCCUGCAAUCUGUGGGGGUUUGGAGCAUCCUUGCAGCAAGCCACAGUAGCACCGACGAAGAGGUGCUGGAUUCAAGACUAGAUGAAAGCAUUCUAUCCCAGGGUCAAAAGCAGCUGUUCUGUCUGGCUAGAGCUCUGCUGAAGAGGAGCAAAGUCUUGAUUUUGGAUGAGCCAACGAGCAGCCUGGACCCUGAAACGGAUGCCAAAGUGCAGAAUGUCAUACGGGAGUUGUUCAAUGGCUGCACCGUAAUCAUGGUGGCGCAUAGAAUCCACACAUUGCUUGACUUCGAUCAAGUUGCUGUUCUGAACAGUGGUCAAAUCGUGGAGGUGGGACAUCCUCGUGAUUUACUCGAUAAGCCCAAUGGGGAAUUUUCGAAGCUGUUGAAUCUCGAGUCGUGA